AUGAACGCUCGGGUCUUGGCUAGGAAAGGCGCUGGCGUAUUGCUCAGACUAGCUGGGGGAAGUAAUCGCUGUUUCUAUUCUUCGCAUCCAGCCUUUACCUGCGUGGCAGUCGUGUCAGGCAAAAAGCACUGGCAUCCACAGGCGGAAGAAGUGUGCAAGCAGCAUGCGACUGGUUGGUUGUUCUCUCAUGUGGGUGACCCCUUUCUUGAUGACCCCCUGCCUCGGGAGUACGUCCUCUACCUGCGUCCUACUGGCCCCUUGUCGCAGAAGCUUUCUGAAUUCUGGCAGCAAUCAAAACAGAUCUGUGGGAAGAACAAAGCUCACAAUAUCUUCCCACACAUCACCCUUUGCCAAUUCUUUAUGUGUGAAGACAGUAAGGUCGAUGCACUCACUGAAGCCUUGCAGGCCACCGUGAUGCGAUGGAAAUGCAAGUUCCCCACUCCUCUGCCUUUGGAGCUCUACACAUCUUCAAACUUCAUUGGGCUUUUUGUCAAGGAGGAGAGUGCUGAGAUCCUCAAGAAGUUUGCUGCAGACUUCGCUGCAGAAGCUGCGACUAAAGCAGAUGCCCAUGUGGAGCCCCAUAAGAAACAGCUGCAUGUGACACUGGCCUAUCACUUCCAAGCAAGCCACUUGCCCACUCUGGAGAAAUUAGCACAGAACAUCGAUGUCAAGCUAGGAUGUGACUGGGUUGCUGCAAUAUUCUCCAGAGAUAUAAGAUUCGUUAAUCAUGAGACGCUGCAAGUGAUCUACCCCUACACCCCGCAGAAUGAUGACGAGCUCGAGCUGGUACCAGGGGAUUUUAUUUUCAUGUCCCCAGUGGAGCAAACUAGUACCAGCGAGGGCUGGAUUUAUGGCACUUCCCUAGCAACUGGCUGUUCUGGGCUGCUGCCCGAGAAUUACAUCACCAAGGCAGAUGAGUGCGGGACCUGGGUGUUUCACGGAUCUUACUCAAUUCUGAAUACAUCUUCCCCAUCCACUCUUGCCUUCAGUGAUGGGAUUCUGGAGAGAAGACAGCAAGACGACCAAGGACCUGGGGACACAGGACCACUUACUAUCAUCUGUCAGAGUAUGCAGCCCCUGAGAGUAACCAGCCAGCCAGGGCCCCAGAAACGGUGCCUUUUUGUCUGCCGGCAUGGGGAGAGAAUGGAUGUAGUGUUUGGAAAGUACUGGCUAUCACAAUGUUUUGAUGCCAAAGGAAGGUACAUACGAACGAACCUGAACGCGCCUCACAGUUUACCUCAAAGAAGCGGUGGUUUUAGGGAUUAUGAAAAAGAUGCACCAAUCACAGUGCUCGGUUGUACACAAGCAAGACUUGUCGGUGAAGCCCUGCUAGAGACUAACACCAUUGUGGACUACAUCUACAGUUCCCCCUCACUGCGUUGUGUACAGACAGCAUACAAUAUUCUUAAAGGUAUGCAACAAGAAAACACUCUGAAGAUUCGAGUAGAGCCAGGCUUGUUCGAGUGGACAAAAUGGGUCUCUGGCACCACGUUACCUGCCUGGAUACCCCCAAUGGAUUUAGCAGCAGCCAAUCUGAGUGUUGAUACAACAUACAGACCUCAUAUACCUGUCAGCAAGUUAGUGGUUUCAGAGUCUUAUGACACCUACAUAGGUAGAAGCUACCAAGUUACAAAAGAAAUCAUCAGUGAAUGUAAAGGCAAAGGAAAUAACAUUUUGAUAGUGGCCCAUGCAUCAUCUCUUGAGGCUUGUACUUGCCAACUCCAGGGGCUCUCGCCUCAGAAUUCCAAGGACUUUGUACAGAUGGUCAGAAAGAUUCCAUACUUGGGCUUCUGUUCCUGCGAAGAACUGGGAGAUACGGGGGUUUGGCAACUUACAGACCCCCCCAUCCUCCCUCUCACACACGGACCGACUGGAGGCUUUAACUGGCGAGAGACCUUAUUGCAAGAAUAGACAAAGCUAAACAAACAAGCAAAACAAUGGCCUUUCUAAGCAUUGGAGAAUGUCUCUUAUAUCUUGUGCUUAUUGACAGUGGAAAAAAUAUAUAUUUGUAACAUUUUAGGUGGAUCACUCAGCUGUUCUAGCAUAUCUCCUGUACAGUCGCAUUCAUGCAAAAAAAAAAAUCUCAUAAAAAACUUAGGUGAAUAGGAAAGGGCUCAAUUAAUGGAAGGAAUAUAAGAGCGUAUAUCCAGGUGCUUGCACUGCAGGGAAUCUCUGUUGGGUCAAGAAUGCAGAGCCUGGAUGCAUUUUUUCCAUCUUAAAAUUGAGCUCAGAUAACAAAUAAUUCUCACUGCCUUCAGCACGAUGUUAGUAACAACUAGGACUGUGAAAAUAGUGAACUUUUGGGGGUUGGGAGUGAGGUUCAGUUGCAAAAUUUUGCAGAAUAUAUUUGCAGUUUUGUUCUGGGCCACAUCGGUACCUUCUUCACUUUCCCCAGAUUGUGCUAAAUAGCAGUUUUGUGUUCCCCCAGGAUACCUAUACACUCAACACAUUCUGUAAGAUAUUCUACCAAGCUAGAAGAAACAGAGCUCAGCAUGCCAUUUGUAGGUAACUUUGAACUAUUCCUGUUCCUUACUGUGUUAGGUGCCUAGAUAUCACACUGGUGGGCAUGUUGCAAAUGCCUGAAGAUAGAUAAAGAUGUACAACGUUGAUCAGUGUCCAAAGAGAAGUCUGAAUCUCAAAGCGGUAAGAGGUUAAGUUCACACACAAAUGACAGGACCAUUUUUGAGUAAAGAACUGGAGCAUUUUUUUUCAAAAUGGGAAUGAAAUAAACAUUAUUCCAGAUGUGAAGGCUUUCGGAUUUCCAUACCUGAAAAUUCACUCCUGUACAUAAAAUGUAAGCAUCACAUAACCACUGAAUUCCACUGAAGACCUCAAAACAGGGUCUUGCUUGAUGCACAGAGGUCUGAAGCUGGACAUCUGCACAGGCAUGAAUUUCACUCCUUUCUGGAUAUUUCGCGUAGCCCUAGCUUAAGCAGUCUUCUCUGAGGAUCAUUACAAGGUCAAAAAGAUAAGCUGUACAUUCAGAUCGGGUUGAUUACUUUGCUUCCUUUUCUUUACUGUUUAUGUGCUAUCUGUCUGGAAUACAAAGCAGAGCGGAGAAGCAGUUCAUUGUAAUAAAGAAAUUGAAACACUAGACCCAUUAGGAUGCUACUUUUUCAUACUGAGCUAACAUCUUGAUCUCAUUGAAGCACAGGAACUGCCAACAUAAAUCAAACCAGUGAUCCUUUUAGUCCAGCAUCCUGUCUCUGGCAGUGGCCAGCACCAGCUGCUUCAGAGGAGGAUGCAAGUGGGCGGUUAUGGGAUAAGCUGCUACCAGAGAAAAUGUCUUCGACUCCCAAUAAUUUGACUGGCUUAUGCAUAAGAGUCCUAAAACUUUUUGAAACAACAUUUGUUACUUUGGACCCCAGUUCAGGACAGUGCUUAAGAUCAUGUUUAAAUUGAACUAAAUUGGACUUCGGCACACAGGAAAACAUAUGCUUUUUUCAGAAUUGGGACAUCAUUCUGUCUAUUUUUUCUAUCCAUAUAUAUUAUUAGGUUGAGGGUUUUUAAGCCCUGCCAAGCUUUUAGGCUUGACCAUGAGGGGGAAAAAAAAAAAAAAAAAAAAAAAAAAAAAUCACGUUAACUUCA